UUGAAAUCAAAACACAUUCGAACGUUGUGGCAAACAGACGUCUUGGAACGCUUGAAAACGUAUUCAAAAACAUUUAAAAUAAAAAAUAAACGGUUAAAAGAAAACUCCAAAAAAUAAGAAAAAAAAAAAACAACUCACUCCAUAAAAAAUUAAAUGGAAUUGAAGAAAAAUACCAGAAUUUUGGUUUUACAAAAAAUAAAGGAGAUCUGCAAAGAAAUUGUGUGAAAAUUUGAAAAAAGGAAAUAAAUUAAAUUAAAAACCUGUGUAAAAGUUUAAAUAACUAAAUCGAAACUUAUAAUUCCCCCACAUCAUCAUCAUCAUGGCCUUCUCAGUGAUUAGUCGUGGCCUCUUGCGCACUUCCCGAGAGCUAUUGGAACGCAAUAUGGCUGUCGGUGCAAUUUCUAUGCUAAAUGGUUAUGUGGAUAUUGAAAUGCAUCCCAGUCGCAGUUCACGCACAAUUUCAACAUCCAGUCAAGCUUUAAUACGCCAAACACCCCAGUAUUUACAGACACCGGUGCCACCGAACAGUACCGUCACUCCCAGCACCGGCAUUUACAAUAAGAAAGUGAAAAAUCUAAAACGCCAACAGAAAGACGAUGAGGAGAGUGACAGUGAUUCGGAUUCAGAUGAUGAAUAUGAACGCAAACGUCAAGAUCUACACAAGAAAUACAGUCAAAAGGGUGAUACCGAAUUCUGGCGCCGUAAAAUGCGUACCCUACAUCGCAUCUUGGAUGUCAAUCGUGAUGGUGUAAUUUCUUUUGAUGAUUUCAAAUUGUUGCACAAACGUUUUACCGAUUUGGGUCAUUUGAACGAGGAGUUGUCGGCGGAAUUCCUAAAGGUUAUGGAAGAAACCUGGAUGGAACAGUUCGGUGAGAUUACUCCCUACAAUUUGGUCAAUGCCGAACAGUUUAUGACAGAUCUCCAUCAUCGUUUGAAUGAUGAGAAAAUGUUCAAAUCUGUGGGCAGAUUUUUGCCAUAUUUGUUUAAGGCUGUGGAUUAUGAUCACUCCGGUUACUUGGAUUUGGAUCAAUACAAAUUAUUCUUCCGCUGUUUGGGGCUCUCCAAUGAAGAUGCCGCCAUUUCAUUUGCUGUGAUAGACAAGAACGGCGAUGGCCAAUUGUCGUUGAAGGAAUUCGUCCAUUUGGGUCGUCAAUACUUCCUAACCGAGGACGAAACAAAGAUCUCAAAAAUGUUUUGGGGCCCCCUCAUUGAUCAUUGACUUGUAGAUUAUGCCCAUGAGGCCAUAUUGGCUCUGUUGGCCCGUGGCAAAUGGUUGGACAUGCAACGUUGUGCCACCAUCUUAACAUAUUUGUGCAUGAACGCUGUCUAUGAUAGUUUCCGUGAACAUUUCUACUGGGACGGACAACAACAGGGCAACGAUGAAAACUAUUUCUUUAGAUUAUUUUUUUAUGUUAACUCUUUAAUAUUAUUGUCGAUAUCGUGGCGUAAACAUAAACGUCAAGAAUUGAAACCACUAAUUGUUAGUCAUAUAAGAAAGUAUAAUAAACUACGUAAGAAAGCUAAAAAGAAGAAGAAAAAGAAAAAUAAUAA